AUGAGCUCCCUUCGCAUGGUUGUGCUCGGCUCUGCCGUUGCCACUGCUUCCGCCAUCGCCGGCGACUUCCACAACACCACGGCCACGCCUCACGUCGUCUACACCACCGAGGUGGUCACUGCCCUGACCACCUACUGCCCUGCUCCCACGGUCCUCACCCAGGGCACCAAGACCUACACCGUCACCUCUGCCACCACCCUGACCAUCACCGACUGCCCCUGCACCAUCAGCAAGACCGUCCAGCCCACCGCCGUUCCCACCGGCACUCCUGGCGGCGACGAGUGCGCCAAGAAGUGCACCGACGCCUACAACCAGUGCCGCGGGGAGCCCGGAGCCAACCAGUCCACCUGCGCCUCCAAGUACGCCGCUUGCCUGGGAUACAACCCCUUCCAGGGCAACGGCUUCGUCACCCCCACCGCCUGCUCCUCCACGCCCGGCGUCAGCACCACCGCCGGCGUCGUCGUUCCUACCGGUCCCGGUGCCACUGCCGCUCCCUCCAAGCCCGCCUCCCCUAGCCAGCCUGCCGGCGGCAACGGCUGCCUCGACAACUGCAGCACUGCAUACGACAAGUGCCGCGGCGAGCCUGGUGCCAACUUGUCCACCUGCUUCUCCAACAACGAGGCUUGCAAGAGCACUUGCUCCGGUACUAAGCCUGCUCCUCCUGCCCCUACUGUCACCGGCGCCAAGCCCUCUGGCAACUCUACCAACCCCCCUGUUACCGCCGGUGCUGGUGCCAUGGCCCCUGCCAAGGUCCUCCUUGCCCUGGGUGCCAUUGCCUUGCUACGGCAACACGACUCGUCUUCGCCAGUUGGAACAUCUACGACUAAACUGAAACAUGUCGCCAUGGCCGAACCCAGCGAGCGUCCACAACCACAUAGGCACUACCGGGUUGUCAUGCAGCCCAACAAGAUGAAUUACACCGAUGGCUCUGGGGUCAGACGCGAGAUUCACAUCCCGACUGGUAGAUUCGACGAGGCAGCAGUGCUGUACGAGCAUGGCGACUGGGGGGAGCUGAACAAGUUUCCAGUCUGGGGUGAGUGUCGCGCGCGGCAUUUGAAUUGCAGAGCUGAUGGAGCUGCAGCUGGUCAACAUUACGCCGAGACGGGUUUCACGUACUUAACAUGUGAUGAGUAUAGCGGCGAGACGGAGACGGAAGACGAGGAUGAGGACGGCGAAGACUUGAAAGACAAAGAGGACAAGGUCGUUGAAAGGGACAAGGAAGAUGAAAAGGUGGUCAAUGAUGAGCAUGUUGUUUUCAUCUCGGAUGACGAGGAUGGCGCAAGGUCCGAAACGGAAACGGUAGCUGAGGAUGACGGACACGGCGAGAGCAAGCGGCCGCGGGAGUAUAUUUGUAUCUCGGACUGA